AUGUCGUAUCUCGCACCAAGUAAGAGGGCCGCUCGUGCUUCCUCUAAGCUGCUUCGGUCGGCGAGCCGGGCCGCGGCUGGUGCUAGCAACAGUCUCGCAGGACAGCAGCGCGUGAACAGGAUCCACGCCUCUACCAAGGACAAGGCCGUCUAUGCCACGACUCAGCCUGCUGGACUCGGCGCCGGUCUUCCCGAGUUCAUGACGGCUGGCAUGGCUCCCAGACCGAAACCCACGACCGCCGCCCCGACGUCGACACUCCCCCGUGUGCCCGCUGGCCAGCUCAACGUCCUCGAGGAGUCCCGCAAGCCCGAGUUCUACCAGGCCAUCUCCAAGGUCAUGGCCAUCCGCAAGGACUACGUCGAGAAGCGCUUCGUCUGGGUCCCGGCAGAGGAGAUGAUUGACAUUUGCCUGGGAUUGGGCGCCACGCGCGAGGAUCUCGAGGCUCUGCCCCAGACUGCGGACGGACUCCAAUAUGACCCUACCCUCCCCUUCCGCAAGACCCGCAACGGUCGCUUCUGCUUUGACUACGACACCCAGAGCGUCCGCCGCCUCGAGUUCCAGCCCUUUGCGCUGUCGGCCGAGGAGGACUUUAAGCGGUACGACUCGGGCCAGAUCCGGCGCUUUGACGAGAUUGACGAUGAGCUGCAGCUCAACACGGUCCUGCAGGCUCUCCUCGUGUUCAAGGGCAUGGUCGUCCAUGGGGUUGAGAUGGCGCGCCGUCCCAAGCUGGACUACGACGUCAACAAGAACAUCCUGACGCUCUUCCACCUCCGGACCACGACCAACCAGGAGAUUCUGGGCGAGCCUGCGCUCGAGGGCAUCCAUUCGGAUGGCGUCGACCACACGAUGACGACCCUUCUCGGCCACAGGAACAUGCGCUCCGACUCGGCUGUCACCUUUAUGCACGCCAUGCACGAGCAGACGGGCAUCCCGCUCAACGACGCCAAGCCGGAGAACAUUCGCGCGCGCGUCCAGCACACCAAGCUGCUCGACACGCUCAUGAUCCUCGACCACGAGAACAAGCACUCGCUCAGCCCCGUGUACCAGGAGGACCUGACUCAGGACGCCACCCGGGACAUGCUCGUCUUCUUCACCCGCAAGCCGGUCGACGAGGGUCAUAUCUCGAGCAAGAUUGACUCCAAGAUACCACACAAGGUGAAGAAGAUGGAGAUUCCCCUUUUCCUGCCGAGGACCCAAUGA